GUCCCAUUGUAAGCCAUGGCACUGCGGGGCCAACUACUCUCCCUGCUGACUCUGCUGCUGUCAGUGACAGAAUCACAAGCCCAGAGUGCUCCAGUUUGUGGACAGGCUGUCCUCAACACCAGGAUCGUUGGGGGCCAGUCUGCCCAGCCAGGGUCAUGGCCCUGGCAGGCCAGUCUGCGUCUGAAUGGGGGUCACACAUGUGGGGGGACCCUCAUCAACAGCCAGUGGGUGCUGACUGCAGCGCACUGCUUUUCAGGCUCCACGACUCCAAGUCAGUGGACAGUGUAUCUGGGAGUGACAGACACGGGCUCUAGCACCAACACAGUGUCCAGGGGGGUCCAGCAGAUCAUCAAGCAUCCAAACUAUGACUCCUCAACCAACAACAAUGACAUCGCCCUGAUGAAACUGAGCAGUUCUGUCUCCUUCAACAACUACAUCCAGCCCGUCUGUCUGGCUAAUACCAGCAGCACCUUCUACAAUGGGACCAGCUGCUGGGUCACUGGCUGGGGGACCACUGUUGAAGGUGGGACAACUCUACCCUCGACCCUGCAGGAGGUCCAGCUGCCCAUCAUUGGGAACAGGCAGUGUGGGUGUCUGAAUGAUGUGGUCUUUGGAGCGAACAGUGUCACUGGCAACAUGAUCUGUGCGGGAGUGCUGCAGGGGGGCAAGGACUCCUGCCAGGGAGACUCAGGGGGUCCCCUGGUAUGCAAGCAGGGCUCCGUCUGGGUUCAGGCUGGUGUUGUGAGUUUUGGAGAGGGCUGUGCCCGUCCCAGUCUCCCAGGGGUGUACACCAGGGUGUCCCAGUACCAGGACUGGAUUAACGGACAAGUGGGGUCGGGAGACACAGGUUUUGUGACCUUUACCUCCAGUGGCACAGACGCCGACAGCAGCUUUACCUGUAGUCCUACAGUUACUACAAGAGCACCACUGACCACUCCUGUCACUCCAUAUGUCACUUACCCGACCCCUCCACCAGCUCCCAUAGCACCAAAUGAGUGUGGGAAGGUGCCCCUCAAUCCCAGGAUCGUAGGGGGGAACCCUGCCCAGGAGGGGUCCUGGCCCUGGCAGGCCAGCCUGCAUUACUAUGGGCAACACAUGUGUGGAGGAUCCCUGAUCAACCAGCAGUGGGUGCUGACGGCUGCACAUUGCAUCCCCGACCCCCUGAACACCUAUCCGUGGACAGUGUACCUGGGCCGGCUGACACAGUUUAGCUCCAGCCCCAAUGAACUGUCCAGGUCGGUCCAGCAGAUCAUUGUGCAUCCUGCCUACAACUCUGUCACCGAGGACAACGACAUCGCCCUGAUGAGACUGAGCAGCCCUGUCUCCUUCACCAGCUACAUCCAGCCCAUCUGUCUGGCUGACAACAGCAGCUCAUUCUACAAUGGGACCAGCUGCUGGGUCACUGGUUGGGGCUACACAGCUGAGGAUGGAGCUACUCUACCCACAACCCUGCAGGAGGUCCAGCUGUCCAUCAUUGGGAACAGGCAGUGUGGGUGUCUGAACGAUGUGGUCUUCGGAGUGAACAGUGUCACUGGCAACAUGAUCUGUGCAGGAGUGCUGCAGGGGGGCAAGGACUCCUGCCAGGGAGACUCAGGGGGUCCCCUGGUCUGUAAGCAGGGCUCUUCCUGGGUUCAGGCUGGUGUUGUGAGUUUCGGAGAGGGUUGUGCCCAGCCCAAUUUCCCCGGUGUGUACACCAGAGUGUCCCAGUACAAAGAUUGGAUUAACACUCAGGUGGGAUUGGCCACUCCAGGCUUCAUGGCCUUCAGCUCCAACAGCACAGACCCUGACAGCAACUUUACCUGCACUCCAUUCAAAAUUACUCCAGUAGCUUCCAGUGAGUGUGGAAAAGCCCCUCUCAGUACCAGGAUUGUGGGGGGUGUCUCUGCCCCAGAGGGGUACUGGCCCUGGCAGGUCCGCAUAUAUUACUUUGGGUAUUACAGAUGUGGAGGAUCCCUGAUCAACCAGCAGUGGGUACUGACAGCUGCAACCUGUGUCUACUCAGCCUGGGUCAGUGAACUGAAAGUGUACCUGGGCAGACAGACACAGGCGGGCCCCAACUCCCAGGAAUUAUCCAAGAAGGUUAAGCAGGUGCUUCUGCACCCUGACUAUUCUAGUUCAAACAACGACAUCGCCCUGCUUGAACUGCGCAGUCCUGUCACCUUCACCAACUACAUCCAGCCCAUCUGUCUGGCAGCCAACAGCAGCUCUUUCUACACUGGGACCAGCUGCUGGGUUGCUGGCUGGGGCUUCACAGCUGAAUUCAUGUCUCUGCCAGGGAACCAGACCCUGCAGGAGGUGCAGCUGCCCAUCAUUGGGAACAGGCAGUGUGGGUGUCUUUAUGAUUUGAACUACGGACCAGGCUCGGUCAAUGACAGCAUGAUCUGUGCUGGACAGCCGAAUGGAGGCAAGGAUACCUGCUGGGGAGAUGAAGGGGGACCCCUGAUCUGUAAGCAGGGCUCUUCCUGGGUGCAGGCUGGUAUUGUGAGGCCAGGAGAGGGCUGUGGCCAGACUGACCUUCCUGGAUUGUAUACCAGGGUGUCGCAGUAUGAAGACUGGAUUUAUCAGAUGGUUGGGAUGGCCACUCCAGGCUUUGUCACCUUCAGUUCCAAUGGCUCAGAUCCUGGGAGGAACUUCACUUGUAGUCCACCAAGCAGUACCCCAAUAUCUUCAAGCGAGUGUGGGCAGGCACCUCUCCGUACCAGAAUUGCAGGGGGCCAAUCUGCCCAGGAGGGGUACUGGCCAUGGCAGGCCAGUCUGCAUUACUCUGGGUACUAUAUGUGUGGUGGGUCUCUGAUCAACCACCAGUGGGUGCUGUCUGCUGCAGGCUGUGUCUACAGGAUCAGUGAUAACAGACAGUUGACAGUUUAUCUGGGCAGGCAGAACCAGAUGAAUUCUAACCCCAACGAAGUGUCUAGGAGGAUCACACGGGUCAUUCCGCACCCUGACUUCAACUCUACAACCUUCACGAAUGACAUUGCCCUGCUGAGACUGCAAACCCCUGUCAACUUCACCAACUAUAUCCAGCCCAUCUGUUUGGCUGACAACAGCAGCUCUUUCAGCACUGGCACCAGCUGUUGGGUCACUGGCUGGGGCAACACAGAUGACUAUAGUUUUUAUGCCCAGAUUCUACAGGAGGCCCAGGUGCCCAUCAUGGGAAACAGACAGUGUGGGUGUCUGUAUGCUGAGGCCUUUGGAGUAAACAGUAUCACUGAAAACAUGAUCUGUGGAGGAGUACCGGAUGGGGGGAAUGCCACAUGUCUGGGAGACUCAGGAGGUCCCCUAGUCUGCAAACAGGGCUCUGCCUGGAUUCAGGCUGGUGUUGUGAAAUACAGAGAUGGCUGUACUCCUUCCAGUCUCCCUGGUGUGUAUACCAGGGUGUCCCAGUACCAAGACUGGAUUAAUGAGCUGGUUUGGUCAGCCACUCCAGGACUGCUUACCUUCACUUCAAAUGGCACCGACACUGAUAGCAAUUUUACUUGUAGCGCACUGGGCACAACUCCAGUUACGCCAAGUGAGUGUGGAAAGGCGCCCCUCAGUCCCAGGAUUGUGGGGGGUGACUCCGCCCCAGAGGGGUACUGGCCCUGGCAGGCCAGCCUACAUCAUUAUGGCCAACACAUAUGUGGAGGGUCCCUGAUCAACCACCAGUGGGUGCUGACAGCUGCACACUGUGUCAAUGGGAUCUCUGACGGACGUCAGCUGACAGUGUAUCUGGGCAGGCAAUCACAACUUGGAUCAAACACUCAUGAAGUGUCCAGAAUGGUCACAAUGGUCAUCCCGCACCCCGGGUAUUUGAAUUUCGACAAAGACGUUGCCCUACUUAGACUUAACAAGCCUGUUUCCUUUACUGCCUACAUCCAGCCCAUCUGUCUGGCAAGCAAUAUCAGUUCCUUCCAAAAUGGCACCCAGUGUUGGGUCACUGGCUGGGGCAACAUAGCUGAGGGAGUGUUUCUGACGGGCAACCAAGCCCUACAGGAGGUCCAGCUGUCCAUCAUUGGGAACAGACAGUGUACCUGUCUUUAUAACAUGAUCCCUGUACCAGACCUCAUCACUGACAACAUGAUCUGUGCUGGAGAUCUGGAGGGAGGGAAGGGCUCCUGCCAGGGAGACUCAGGGGGACCCCUGGUAUGUAAGCAGGGCUCAAGCUGGGUUCAGGCUGGUGUUGUGAGUUUUGCAGUGGGCUGUGCCCGUCCCAGUUUCCCUUCAGUGUUCGCCAGGGUGUCCCGGUUUCAGGACUGGAUCAAUGAACAGGUGGGGUCUGCCACUCCAGGUCUUCUGACCUUCUCCUCCAAUAGCACAGACCCUGACAGCAAUGUAACCUGCAGUUCAUUGAAUCCAGAUCCCACUCCUGUGCCUUCUCCAAUUUCACCUGGUGAGUGUGGGCAAGCACGCCUUAAUCCAAGGAUCGUAGGGGGUGACUCUGCACCAGAGGGGUACUGGCCCUGGCAGGCAAGCCUGCAAUAUUAUGGGUACCAUUUCUGUGGAGGGUCCCUGAUCAACAAUCAGUGGGUGCUGACAGCCGCACACUGCACAUACUGGAUUAGCUCCAUGAUGGUGCAGGUGUAUCUGGGCAAGGAAAGUCAGGAGGGCUCUAACCCCCACCAAGUGUCCAGAGGAGUUGAAAGGAUCAUCUUGCAUCCCAACUUUGAUUAUAUGACUUUAAACAAUGACAUUGCCCUACUGAAACUGAGCAGCCCUGUCACAUUCACAGACUACAUUCAGCCCAUCUGUCUGGCAGCUAACAGCAGCUCCUUCCACACUGGGACCAGCUGCUGGGUCACUGGCUGGGGAAACAUAGCUGAUGGUGUAAGUCUGCCAAAUAACAAGACCCUACAAGAAGUUCAACUGCCCAUCAUUGGAAAGAGUCAGUGUGGUUGUAUAAGUAACUUGACCUUUGGUGUGAACUUCAUCACUGACAACAUGAUCUGUGCUGGAGUGCUGGAUAACAGGAAGAGCCCCUGCAAUGGAGACUCAGGGGGGCCCCUGGUCUGUAAGCAGGGCUCCGCCUGGGUCCAGGCCGGUAUUGUGAGUUUUGGUUAUGGCUGUGCCCGGCCCAAUGUCCCAGGAGUGUACACCAGGAUGUCCCAGUACCAGGACUGGAUCAACAGGCAGGUGGAGAUGGCCACUCCAGGAUUUGUCCAUUUUGAUUCCAAUGGCAUGGAUCCUGACAGCAGUUUUACUUGCCCUUCAACAGCUGGUGCACUUGCAACUCAAGUUUGCGGGAGACCCAGACUCAACCCACUACUCACUGGGGGUCAGUAUGCCCAGGAGGAGUACUGGCCCUGGAUGGUCAGCCUGCAUCAGAACGGGAAUUAUGUGUGUGGAGGGACCCUCAUUGCCAGCGACUGGGUGAUGACAGCUGCACAGUGCUUACCCAGCUCAGUCGAUGUCAGUGAAUGGAGUGUGGGUCUGGGACUGACGGUCCACAACAUCUCAUAUGGCUUCAAAGGAUCGGUGAGGGUUCUGGAUGUUACCACCAGCAGCCUCAGUGGCUCCAACAUCGCCCUCCUGAGACUGGAUACAAACGUUUCCUACACUGGCUUCAUCCUGCCCAUCUGCCUGGCAGGGGCAAGUGUCUCCUUCCCCACUGGCACCGAAUGCUGGGUUACCAGCUGGGACAAAGUGUGGGAAAAUCUGGUUCUGAAAGAAGUGAAAAUGAAGAUCACUCCUUGUGAGAAUGUGUCCUCCGCUGACAGCAUCUGCACAGAGCCACUGAACCUGGAGCAGAGAGACUCGGGCAGUCCUUUGGUCUGUAAGCAGGGUUCUGUCUGGAUUCAGGCCAGUAUCAUUGAUGUUAACCAGACAGCCAUCACUGGCAACCGCAGUAGCACCGCUGUACGUGCCCUCAGCCCAGGGGUGUUCACCAGGGUAUCUCGGUAUGAAAGCUUCCUGAGGAGUGUUUUGGGCUCCAACCUGCCCCUCAUAAACAACACCACUGUUACUCCAACCACAACAGCACCAGUAUCCAUUGCUUCCUCUACUACAACAACUACUGCAGCCCCCCUAAAUAUCUGUGGGAGACCCAAAAUAAACACGCCUCUCCUUGGGGGUCAGCCAGCUUUAGAGGGGUCCUGGCCCUGGAUGGUCAGCCUGCACCAGAAUGGCAGACAUGCGUGUGGAGGAACCAUCAUCGCCAGCAACUGGGUAUUGACAGCUGCACAGUGCUUACCCAGCUCUGUAAAUCUCAGCGAAUGGAGGGUCUAUGUAGGAAGACUGAAGCAAAAUGGUACAAACCCCUUCGAGAGAUCCCUAGGGGUCCUGGACAUUAAAUCCAGCCAGCAAGGUGGCACCAACAUUGCCCUCCUGAAAUUGGACGCCAAUGUCUCCUUCACUGACUACACCCUACCAGCCUGUUUGGCAGGGGAGGCAAUCUCAUUUGCUCCUGGCACCAAGUGUUGGGUCACCGGCUGGGGCAACACAGCUGGGACAGGAGAACAAGCCCUACAGCAAUUAAACACAACGAUUGUUCCGUGUGCAACUGCGUCCUCAGACAGCAGCAUCUGUAUUGAUUCCUUGUUCCUCGAGCAGGGAGACUCUGGGGGGCCCUUGGUCUGUAAGCAGGAUGCCUGGGUUCAGGCCAGUGUCAUUGCCGUUAAUGAAACAGCUUCCUCUGCCAAGCUCAGCAGUGCUCAGGUCCGCGCAGUAAAAGUCGGAUCUUUCGUCAAGGUGUCACAGUUUGUGACCUUCCUACGGGCAAACGUACCCAACCUGCCUGUGGUAACUCCCAAGACUGACACCACUACCAAGCCCAGCUCAUAUGCUGUUCCCCAAAAGUCCCACUCUGCUUUCUUCCUGGCGUCCCUGCCCUUUGUUCUGGUCACCUGGAUGUCCACACUGUGACCACGCCCUCUUUCACUGAUACCCUCGGCCAAACACAGCAGCUGCAUCUGGUUGAAUUCCAUAAAUCAGUUUGUACCCCUACAUACCUCAGCCUAACUGCAGAAUUCAAUUCUGGACUUUCUUAUCUACUGUACGUCUGGGAUGAAGGAGUGUUUGUUGCACUUAGAGAUUUUGCUGACAAAAGCACUUAACUAAGAUUAUUUGUCAAGAUUAUUGACAAAGAUGAUACAUAAUUGCUAAAAAAUAUUUGUUUCUGAUUUUGCCUGCUUUGAAAUAUACAAAAUGAAUUACAGUAUGUUAAUUUAUAUAUCUGUAUAGUAAACAUUUUAGAAUCCACAUAGCUUCUAUCU